AUGGCUCACCAUUGUCAGAGCAAACUAACAACCGUUGGUCUCGCCAGCGGUCACUUCCAUGCCGAUGAAGCGCUUGCUGUUUAUCUCCUCCGCCUGCUGCCAGCCUACUCCACCUCUCCCGUCAUUCGAACACGCGACCCGGGUCAAUUAGCUACCUGUCAUACUGUUGUUGAUGUGGGAGGGGUGUACGACCCUUCACAAAAUCGAUAUGACCACCAUCAACGAACUUUUGAUACAACGUUCCCUCAGCACCAAACCAAAUUGUCUUCUGCAGGGUUAGUAUAUAUGCAUUUUGGUAAAGCAAUAAUAGCCCAGCAUAUGGGGCUCUCUACCGAGCACCAGGACGUCAGCACCAUUUACGAGAAGCUUUACGCAGAUUUCAUUGAAGCGCUCGAUGCUCACGACAACGGAAUUUCCGUUUAUUGUCCCAAGGCCAUCUCCAAUGCCGGUCUGGAGAAACGAUUCCGAGACGGUGGAAUAAACCUGGGUUCGUUGAUUGGUGAUAUGAACCUUUGUGGACCAGGCGAGAACCUUGACGAAGACGCUCUUUUCGCUAGAGCCAGUACCUUCAUCGGAGAGGCUUUCUCGAGGAAGCUUCAUGCUGCCAGUAGCAAGUGGUUGCCCGCUCGAGCCACAGUUUCACAGGCUCACCAGUCUCGCAUGGAUGUCCAUCCGUCGGGAAAGAUAAUGCUUCUUGAGAAUUCUGGAAUUCCAUGGAAGGAACAUUUGUAUCGUCUGGAAGAAGAGGCCGGCAACGUAACCGCAGGAACUGCGGACAAUAAAGUCUUCUAUGUCAUAUACCCGGAAUCAACCGCCGAGAAAUCCAACUGGCGCGUUCAAUGCGUUCCCGUUAGUGAGAACAGUUUCGAGUCUAGAAAACCACUGCCAGAGUCAUGGCGGGGUGCGCGAGACUCGGAACUUGAUAGUAUUAUAUCUAAGGAGAUGGAAGAAAAGCAACGAGAAAGGAUACCCGAGGGUGCUAUUUUUGUCCAUGCCAGCGGAUUUAUUGGCGGACACAAGAACAAGGCAGGAGCUCUUGCUAUGGCUGUGGAAAGCCUUCACUAG